UAAUUAUGUUGACUAAAUGUUUGUCUCUGAUUCUUUAUCUCCUUUCUCAGUGAGAUGGAUCAGGAACAAGCGACUGGUAAGAAAACAAAUUUACUGCUUGUAAUUCACAUGUCACUCUGUUAAAAGAGAAUGAACUACAUUUUCAUUACAACACAUACCAUUUAAAGCUGCUUUUACCUAUAUUUUUCUAUUAUAACUGGAUCAGCUGACAACAUGUAAUGUAAAAGGAGUGGCUGGUAGUGAUGAACCUGCAGAGAAUCAUCAACUCACUUUCAGUUUCUGUGUUUGAUAACUCAUUGUUUUGGCUUUCUGGCUAUCAACUUUACUAUAUUAGUGUUUCAUUAGUGUUUUUAGCCACAGCAACAGCUCUGACAACCCUGUAUGUUACCUGUCCAGCACCAAACUACAGACAGGCACAGUUAUGUUGGCUUUUUCAUGCUAAAAUCAUUUGAUUUACAGCCUCCAGCCUAAACAAACCAAACAGACACACAAAGUCACCUGAAUUAAGUCAGCAGCUCAGAAGUGAACCAGCAACCACCUGUCCACAACAUAAUUAGUCCUUCAUGAUUGUUUGUGUGGCUUUUGUGUUCAUGCAGCAGCUUUUAACCAGGAAGUAACACACACUGCAUAUCUAUGGUUUGAAGAUGUGUUCAUUCAUAUACUGAACACUGACACAAAAAUACACAAAAUUUUCUUGCUUCAGAGCACAUUUUAAGAGGCAUUAAAUUUUCUUAAGAUCAACUUACUUAUGUAAGUAGAAAAGUUCAGGGAUGUGUAAAAUAACUCUUCUAAUUCAAGCAGAAACUCACUCAAGAUGUUUUUUUGGCAAAAUUUCCCUGACCUGGGUCUGACAACUUAUUAAUGAUUCAAACGUUCUUCUCUGUCUUUAGUGUCAAGGAAAAAGUUCUUUGUCAUCUUGGCGGGAAAAACUAAUGAUGCUCAUCUAGAGUUUGUGGCAAAGCUUGAAAGCAUUGGCCAUACUGAGGUGAACUCUCCAGAAGAAAGUGACUACCUUCUGGUUUUCUGUCCUGUCGCUUCAAGAGUUGGAACGGACGUCAGCGAGGCCCUAAAGGAACUUACAGGUGGUAAACCAGCAAUUCUGGUCGUGAUGCAUCACACCUUCAACCCUGACCAAGUUCUAGCUGAAAGCAGAAGACUGGUGAACAACCCCAAUGUUGAGCUUACUGUGGACUGUCUGUUCUAUGAGGGCAAACUCCUGAUGUGUAGUCGCAAUAAUGAUGCAUGGUCGGAUGUCCUGAUGUAUGUUGGAGUUUCUGAUAUCCAGGACUCUAUCCAGCAAAAAAUUUACAAUUUCGACCAUUGGAAGCUUGUUCUCUUUUGUAUACUGCUGGUACUAGUAUACAUUGGGUACAAAGGAUCUGGAAACAAGGACCAGGAAAAGGCAACUGUGUCGUUUGAAAAGUUCUUUGUCAUCUUGGCGGGAAAAACUAAUGAUGCUCAUCUAGCCUUUGUUGCAAAGCUUAAAGGCAUCGGCAACACUGAGGUGAAGUCUUCUGGAGAAAGUGACUACCUUCUGGUUUUCUGUCCUGUCACAUCACAAGUUGGCGCGGACAUCAGCGAGGCUCUGAAGAAACUUCCAGAUGGUAAACCAACAAUUCUGGUCGUGAUGCAUCACACCUUCAACCCUGACCAAGUUGUACCUGAAAGCAGAAGACUGGUGGACAACCCGAACGUCUACCGCACUGUGGACUGUCUGUUCCAGGAGGACAAACUCCUGACGUUUAUUGAUGUUGCACAGUUCGAUAUGCAGAAGUUUUUGGGAGGUUCCUCUUCACAGGAUUCUGGAACAAUUGGAGGCUGAUUGCUUUUGUAGCUCCUGGUAUUGUGGUCAGAUGGUGAUCAUUGGCACGGUCAUUGCUUUUGAAGAGAAAAAUAAAUAAGAAGAUGUGUGAGAACACAACAGCAUGACAAAAUACCAUGGAAGUUUACAAUAUUACCACAAAAACGCUUGGUUAUGCAUGUGUAACCAUCUGAAGCAAGUGUAAUAAAGGGAUGAUUAUUGUUAUUAUUGUAGAAUAGUUGUGAAGGUUUGAUCAUUAAUAUUAAUAUUAUAACUGUAGCACAAUACAGGGGAAAUGGAGGAAGAAUAACAGAUUUGCAGAUACAGGCCUUCAGCAAGAGGCUGGAUGUGAAAAAGAUGAAAAAAGAAACAGAAAAAGUAAAAAAAUAAUUUAAUUCCAACAAACUCACUCAAGGAUAGUUUCAUAUUAUUUUCAAGCGAAUCUUAAUACAGUAAUGAUAUGAUCGAAUGUACAAUGAAAAAGUCCUGUCUGUACUUGCCCCAAAUAAAUUCAUUUCUAAAGA